UGUUUUAUUCAGCUUCUGGAAGGUUAUCAGCCAGCAACAUCGCCUUCCCCAGAAAGUGGCUGCCGAGCGUGUCGUCGAUAUUCACAACCGGAAAAGCUUAGCAAACCAGUUUCCUAGCGUCCCGUUGCUCGGCUGGAAAAGGUUUAGUGUUAUGAACAUCCAGACAGGGCACGGUGUUGAGCCGGAGACUUUGUGGAUAACGAUCACAGGUCCGACGGGGAUGGGGGUGGGUGACAGGUAGUAUGAUACAACUACGAGCUUGCUUCUUCGCUUCGGCCCCGGCUUCACUCUAACCACCAUUGCCCAUCGAUAAUGGCUGGCAAGAUCACCACAAACAGUCUCCCAGAGUCUUUCUACACUCCCUUUUUGUCCGAUGUCGCUAAGUCUCGGCCGCCUAGCACCAUCCUCAGCCUAUUCCCGCUUGAGAAUCGCCCCGGGUUGAUCUCCCUUCUCGCGGGCAGACCCAACCCGUACUCCUUCCCGUUCACCGCGCUCAACUUCAGCGCGAGUGCUCCGGGAGGCGACAGCGAGGCGCCGCUGCAGCUAUCACUGGUCGGAGACGAACUGGCCGGCGCCCUGCAAUACGGACCCCCGAUCGGAAUGCCUGCGCUGAUGGCGUGGUUCGCAGAGCUGCAGGAACAAGUGCAUGGUCGGACGUUCGGGACCGAGGGCUGGGAGAUGCACGUGGGCACUGGAUCCCAGGAUCUGUUGACCAAGGCAAUCACUGCUCUUGUGAAUCCUGGAGACUCGGUCCUCGUGCAGUCGCCGAUCUACCCCGGUGUCAUCCCCCUGUUUUAUGGUUUGCACUGUGAGCAAGUCGAGGUUGACGGGGACGCAGAUGGGAUUUCCAGCGACUCCCUUCGCUCGAUAUUGGAGUCUUGGCCCCCAGAAAAGCCUAAACCGCGGGUUCUGUACACUAUUCCGUAUGGAGGUAAUCCCGAUGGAUCAACUGCCACACUGGAGCGUCGGCGAGAGGUUCUCAAAUUAGCAGAAGAGCACAACUUUCUGAUCAUGGAAGAUGAUCCGUACUACUUCCUAUUCUACGGCAAGGACCGAACGCCGUCGUAUUUUGCCCUCGAAAAGACUGAGUUGAAAUCCGUCGGCCGUGUCCUGCGCUUCGAUUCGCUCUCCAAGAUCCUCUCCGCAGGGAUGCGCCUCGGAUUCGUCUGCGCGCCUGCACCGAUAUUGCGGGCCAUCGAGGGGAACACAUCCGCCUCCAACCUGCAGACGGCAUCACUCACCCAAGUCAUCGCGGCGAAACUGCUCAGGGCGUGGGGCAUCGACGGAUUCAUGACGCAUACAGUCCGAAUAUCCGACUUCUACCGCGAAAAGCGCGACAUUUUCCAGGCUGCAAUGGUCAAACAUCUGGGUGGCUUGGCCGAGUGGACUGCGCCCGAAGCCGGAUUGUUCUUCUGGUUCAAACUGAACUUCAAUGAAGAUUCUGCCGAGCUGAUUCGUACGAAGGCGGUUGAGCAGGGUGUUCUCGCGCUCCCGGGGACUGCAUUCCAUCCCAACGGCCGGAAAUCCGCCUCCCUAGCACUGUGUAACAUGUCCAGCCCGUCAGGAAUGCUCUUUUUUGCCAUGGAGGCCGACCCUGAAGUGACUGAGGAGCGCUUGAACGACUGGUACGACAACGAGCACAUCCCGCUGCGACUGAAAGUUUCCGGGCUGAACACCGUCACGCGUUACAAAGCCACGGACGGGCAGGUCCCCACUUGGCUCGCGAUGUAUAAUUGCGACGCUCCCGCGGUAGUCCAGUCCGAAGGGUACACCUCCCUCGCGGCGCUCGGAUCCGAGAACGAGAAGGAUAUCUUGUCCAAGUUCACAGGCGUCAGCCGCCGCAUAUAUGAGCACGUAUCGACCACGACCGCGCCCGGUGUGUCUGAUGAGGAAUUGCCGGCCAAGUUCAUCUACGUUGCUGGACUGGAAGUGCCUGGGGGAGCUGAGGACGAUCUGAACAGAUGGUAUGAUGAGGAACACAUCGACAUGUUCUCCAAGAUUCCCGGCUGGAAGCAGACUCGGCGAUAUCAGAUCAUCGAGCACAAGCAAUUCGGCGUUGCCGUGGAGGGACGCCCCGUUUGCAAGUUCCUUGCCGUGCACGAGUUUGACAACGGCGAGUUCGUCCAAACACCAGAGAUGCGGGACGCGGUCUCUUCCGAGUGGGCUAAGCGCGUGUUAUCCAUUGUUGUUCAGAAGGAACUGAGAGUUUUUGGUUUGCAUAAGGGCUUCAGAGCCUAA